AUGACGUCGUCGAAUCUCAGACCCUUUUCCGUCCGAACGCGUGACGUCGUUCCUCGCAGACACAGACGCACAACCAGUACAGGUCUCAAUGAUACACUUGCAAUGCCUCCCAAGAGAAAGAGGACGGCGGUAGCUGCUGCCUCUGCGGACGUCCCUCCCGGCGUGCUGCCCAACAAGAGGCGAAUCUAUGCUCCCAAGGCGACUUGCGCUCCUGCGUUGAGGAGAGGCGCUCCUCGAUCUGGCACGGUCGAUACGAAUCCGGACUGCAACCCGGACGUCGUGGAUGGGAAAUUUGCGCUGCGCGCGAGUCCUGAUGCGGAUGAGAAGGGGGAGGCUUUCGAUGCGGCUGCGUUGGCUCCGCCGGAGACGAAUGGGCAGGUGAAGAAAGAAAAUGGGAUAGAGGCGUCCGAGACGAAUGGUCAGGUCAAGAAAGAAAAUGGGAUAGAGGCGUCCAAAGCGGAUCUCCAGACGCCCAGUUCUACGCCUGCGAAGAAGCAGAAGAAAAGUCCAACCAAGAGCUCGAUUGCGGCCAAGAAGGGCUCGGAUGAGAUCAAAGCUUUCCGAGCGGAACAGGCUGCUCAAAAAGCAGCGGGAGUUAAGGUUAAGAAGGAGGACGAGGUGGAUGAGUGGGAUAAGAGGCAGGAUCCGGAUGGAGAUGAUGAGGGCCCGGCUGAGGAUACGGAGGUGCUGAAGUUGGAGGCGAGGAGGCCGCCGCCUGUCAACUCAGACUAUUUACCUUUGCCUUGGAAAGGAAGGCUAGGAUAUGCCUGUCUCAAUACUUACCUUCGCUCAUCCAACCCCCCAGUCUUCACCUCCCGCACCUGCCGCAUAGCAUCUAUCCUCGAGCAUCGCCAUCCUCUCAAGAACUCCUCUCAGCCCGAGCACGCCACCAAGAACCGCCCUGACAAGUCCCAGCCAGCAUCUAUAGAACGUGGCCAAAGGUACGUUGAAGAAAUUUGCCUUGCUAACGUGCGAGAUCUGCCAAAGAUGUUCCGGUGGAACGAUAAGUACGGCAUCAAGUUUAUGCGUCUCUCUUCCGAAAUGUUUCCCUUUGCAUCACACGCCGAACACGGCUAUAAACUCGCUCCAUUUGCCAGCGAAGCUCUGGCGGAAGCCGGGCGUGUCAUUACCGAACUGGGGCACAGAGUCAGCACGCACCCAGGCCAGUUCACACAACUUGGCUCCCCACGGGCAGAAGUCAUCGCCAACGCGGUCCGUGAUCUCGAGUACCACAACGAGAUGCUCUCCCUGCUCAAAUUACCAGAGCAGAUGGACAGGAACGCCGUCAUGAUCUUGCAUCUUGGAGGUACGUUCGGCGAUAAAGCCGCAACGCUCGACCGCUUCCGCACCAAUUACGCUACUCUAUCUGCACCCAUCAAACAGCGCAUCGUGCUUGAGAAUGACGAUGUGUCGUGGUCCGUCCACGAUCUCCUCCCGCUAUGUGAAGAACUGAACAUACCCCUGUGUCUGGAUUUCCACCACCACAACAUCAUCUUCGACAGCUCGCAACUCCGCGAGGGCACGCACGACAUCAUAGCGCUGUACCCGCGCAUCAAAGCGACGUGGGACCGCAAACGCAUCAAGCAGAAGAUGCACUACAGCGAGCCCUGCCCGGACGCCAUCACCGGCCGGCAGCGACGCAAACAUAACCCGCGCCCGAUCACGCUGCCCCCAUGUGCAGAUGACAUGGACCUGAUGAUUGAGGCGAAGGACAAGGAGCAGGCUGUCUUCGAGCUGAUGCGAACUUUUAGGUUGCCCGGCUGGGACACCUUUAGCAACGUCGUUCCGUACGAGCGGGACGACGACAAUCGCCCGGUCCCGAGGACAGCGAAGGGGAAGAAGACGACGAAGAAGAGACCGACAUGGAUGGGUCCUGAGGCGUUUGGGAAGGGGACGAGUGACAUGUUGGAGGAGGAUGAUGUCAAAGAGUUGGUUCCUGAGGAAGAGGUGGGUAUGGGUGGGGAGGAGGGGAGGGUGUACUGGCCGGUGGGCAUGGAGGAGUGGCUGAGGCCUCGGAAGAGAGAGGUUAAGAAAAAAGGGGGCGUGGAUGAGGAGGAGAUGUUCCGGAAUCCGACGCCGGCGAACUUCGCGGCUAGGAAGGAGGUGUUGGCGAGGAACAAGAAGCCUUUCUCUGAUGAGGUGAGAGAGAAGUUGAUCGAGGCGAAUUGUGUGGCGGAUGUUAAGAAAGUGCUGGAAGAGCUCAACCAGGAGACGGGCGGGAGUGGGGGGGCGAACCAGACUCCGGCGAAGAGCAAGAUUGGAAAGGCGGCGAUGCCAGCGAAGAAAGCUGCGCCCGAGUUUGAGAAAGAGGGGAGUGUCCCUGCGCCUAGUGCCAGUAUGUCGAAUCCGAAUAACGACGACGACGAUAGCGACGACGAGUUGAGCCUACCGGAGAUUUCCGAGGAAGAAGAGGAGGAGGAGGAGAAGAAGAAGCCGCCGGUCUUGAAGAGAGCUGCGUCUUUGAGGCAGAGCGGGAGGGCAGCUGUGGUUGCGACGAGAUAA